GAGGUAGGUUUUGAUUUUGAAAUUUUGCAUAUUUUCCUUCUCUCUCUUUUUUCUUAAACUGAAAGAGGAUGCACAGGAGGCGAAAUUGAACAUUUUUUUUUUGUUGGCUUUUGUUUACCUGGCGUGUGUGGCAACCGGCUCGCUCCCUCUCUCUGCUUGCUAUCCCUGACCUUUCUUUCUUUUUGCUCCUUUUCAAAAAAAAUAUUAAUUUCCCCCUUCUGUGCAAUGGAGCGUGGAGGGGGGAGGAGGGGGAAGGGUUUGAGAAUCCACCCAAGCCCGGCCCCUAUUCCCCAGAACACCAAUAAUAACCCCCUUUAAAACAUUUACCUUCCUCCCCUGCUCCUCCCCCUCCCCCCUCCCCCCACCCGCCCCCAACUCACAACUCUGUUGAGUCCAGAAGCUCAGAAUCGGGCGUUGGGCUUUGCCGGGUGCUUCAGAUCAAUGGAUGAGUUCCACCCGUUCAUCGAGGCGCUGCUGCCUCACGUCCGCGCCUUCUCCUACACCUGGUUCAACCUGCAGGCGCGGAAGCGCAAGUACUUCAAGAAGCACGAGAAGCGGAUGUCGAAGGACGAGGAGCGGGCGGUGAAGGACGAGCUGCUGGGCGAGAAGCCCGAGAUCAAGCAGAAGUGGGCAUCCCGGCUGCUGGCCAAGCUGCGCAAAGACAUCCGGCCCGAGUUCCGAGAGGACUUUGUGCUGACCAUCACGGGCAAGAAGCCCCCCUGCUGCGUGCUCUCCAACCCCGACCAGAAGGGCAAGAUCCGGCGGAUUGACUGCCUGCGCCAGGCCGACAAGGUGUGGCGGCUGGACCUGGUCAUGGUGAUUUUGUUUAAGGGGAUCCCCCUGGAAAGUACUGAUGGGGAGCGGCUCUACAAGUCGCCCCAGUGCUCGAACCCCGGCCUCUGCGUCCAGCCACAUCACAUUGGAGUCACAAUCAAAGAACUGGAUCUUUAUCUGGCUUACUUUGUCCACACUCCAGAAUCCGGACAAUCAGAUAGUUCAAACCAGCAAGGAGAUGCGGACAUCAAACCACUGCCCAACGGGCACUUAAGUUUCCAGGACUGUUUUGUGACUUCCGGGGUCUGGAAUGUGACGGAGCUGGUGAGAGUAUCACAGACUCCUGUUGCCACAGCAUCAGGGCCCAACUUCUCACUGGCGGACCUGGAGAGUCCCAGCUACUACAACAUAAACCAGGUGACCCUGGGGCGGCGGUCCAUCACCUCCCCUCCUUCCACCAGCACCACCAAGCGCCCCAAGUCCAUCGAUGACAGCGAGAUGGAGAGCCCUGUCGAUGAUGUCUUCUAUCCUGGCACAGGCCGCUCCCCAGCAGCUGGCAGCAGCCAGUCCAGUGGGUGGCCCAACGAUGUGGAUGCAGGCCCGGCUUCUCUAAAGAAGUCAGGAAAGCUGGACUUCUGCAGUGCCCUCUCCUCUCAGGGCAGCUCCCCGCGCAUGGCUUUCACUCACCACCCGCUGCCUGUGCUUGCUGGAGUCAGACCAGGGAGCCCUCGGGCCACAGCAUCAGCGCUGCACUUCCCCUCCACGUCCAUCAUCCAGCAGUCGAGCCCGUAUUUCACGCACCCGACCAUCCGCUACCACCACCACCACGGGCAGGACUCGCUGAAGGAGUUUGUGCAGUUUGUGUGCUCGGACGGCUCGGGCCAGGCUACCGGACAGCCCAACGGUAGCGGCCAGGGCAAAGUCCCGGGGUCAUUUUUGCUACCGCCGCCGCCUCCAGUGGCCAGACCUGUGCCCCUUCCUAUGCCUGAUUCCAAAUCCACCAGCACUGCCCCAGACGGCGCCGCCUUGACUCCUCCAUCACCUUCAUUCGCAACGACAGGCGCCUCCUCUGCCAACCGGUUUGUCAGCAUCGGACCCCGGGACGGCAACUUUCUGAACAUCCCACAGCAGUCUCAGUCCUGGUUCCUCUGAUAAGAUCGACAGAAGAAAUGACAAAAUGUAAAGAAGAGGUUCCUCAAACGGGGGGAGAAGAAAUUUUGAGACGUGGAAAAAUCCCCCAGCCCAGCCCCACCGAAAAAGCAAAAAUUAGACGUCGUCAGCCACUCAGCCCUUCUCUCCUCCAGCCCGGGGACCCCUGCAGGCCCCCAGAAGCAGCCCAGUUCUCGGAGAGCCCUCGGAAGAGGUCUCGGUGGAGCUGUGCACCAGCAGCCAAGCAGAAAGAAACAUGCAACACGGACUCUGUUAAGUAGAGGACAGAAAGAAAGAAAGGAUGCGGCAGAACUGCCUUUCUCCCCUCCCUACCCCGCCCCAACCUUCCGGGGAAGGAACAAAAUCAACCCAACAAAGCAACCAGCACGGUUCUAAAGGGCCUCUCCUCCACCGUCACCCUUCCUAGGGGAACCCCACCCCCAACUCAGUCCGGGAGCUUCACUAGGGAGCUCAGAGGACAAGCUUGUACAAAUGACGGGGUGCAGAUCCAGAGGGUUCUCCCUCCGGACUCUGCCUCCUCCCUGCCUGUCUCCCUCUCUCCCAACCCCCUCCCCACCCCCACUGCCUUGGCCUCUGGCUUCUCCCCGCCCCCCUCCGCCCCCCCCCCUCCCCCAGCUGCUUUGGACUAGGUGAGGCACGGUGGCUUCCAGGUUUCCCUGCCCUACCUUUGGGCUAGAAGGCCCCCCCCUCCCGCCGGGGCGGCCAGGAAGCGUCCUCUGGAGCUAGCUUCUUGCUCCUGGAAUGGAGGGCGUUCUGCCACUCCACCCUAGGCUUCGGGGGUAGUUUCAGGGCCCCAGACUUCUCUGUACAGUCCACAGGAAAAAGUCGGAAUGCUACAACAGCCCGUCCCAGCCUGGGGCAGGCCCCCUCUUCCCUCCUCUCUGCAGGCCAGGAAAAUCACUCUCUUGCCACGCCACAAGUGAGGGGAGGCGGGCCCUAGGUCGCCCCCACACCCCAGCCCCGCAUGCAGGUGCCCUCGCUCCGCCCCACCGGUCCCUGCCCCUGCCCCUCACACAGACAGCCCUGCUGUGGCCGGGGCCGGAGAGUGGAGCAGAAAGGGGACCCCGGAGCCGAGCGAGGAGGACGAGGCAGCCGCCACUGCCAUUGGCUAAGCCGCCACCUGCGCUAGGUAGGCGUCCUGCUCGCCGACUUUCAGUUCCUUUGGAGGGUGUUGGGUGUCGUCCUUUUUCAAAAGUGUUUUGGAGCUUUCUCUGUCCGCCCCCCUUCCCCCCCAGCCCCACUUUCUCCACCACACGGGCCUCCUGGCCACUUCUCUCUGGAUUUCAGCUGUAAUGUCUUUACUCUUUAUUUAGGGGUGGGGCAUUCAUCGUUUGGGUCUUUUGCUGUUGCAAUUGGGAACUCCUCCAUUUGAGCAACUUGGGAACAAUUUGGUAACACACGACAGGAAGUAGCCCUCCUCUCCCCCUCCCUGCAGCCCCUUCCUCCUCCCAAGGGAUGGACGGGGGCCUGUCCAGAGGGUCUUCAGAAGCCCCCUGGGAGGGAGGGAAGCAAGAGCAUGCCCAGCCCCCCCUCCAGGGUGUGACUUGGCCCCUCUGGCUUGUCUUUCUGUGCCUUACUCCCUCCUCCCUGCAUCUCCCUUCCUAGGCCCCCUUCUCGAGUCCUCGUGCCUCUCUCUCUUUCUUAACUGUAUGAAAACACAAAGCACAGGUCAGGAUCCUCUGAAAGUCAGUCAACCCAACAUUGCACCGCAGGGGCGGGUUGUGGGCUUUAUUUAUUGUGAAUCUAGUUUGCGAGGCUGUGGCCCCAGCAGGGAGGGAGGGAAGGAGGGGGGGGAGCUGGCUGGGGAGGCAAGGAGGGCCCUUACCUGGGGCAGAAGGGGCCAGCGCGCGGCGCCGUGCGGUCCUCGCCUGGAAGCCACAAGGCGGCUGGCCCCAGGAGUGGCUUUUGUUGGAAGUUGAGCGAAGGCCCUCCCCCAUCCGCGUGCAGCCCUCGGGGAAGACCGGGACUGAGAAGCAGGGGACAGGGGAUCCCACGGGAGCCUGGGGUGGGGGGCGUGGGGAGUAGGGCGGGGGGUGGGGGGGCCGGGUGGGCCGGGCGUGACGCGCGGUCAAAGUGCAAUGAUUUUUCAGUUUGGUUGGCUAAACAGGGUCAGAGCUGAGAGGGGAGCGGAAGGGACCCCCUGCCCGGCCGCACGCGCCCCUUCCCUCGAAGACAAUCGGGGCCGCGGGCGCGGUGGGCCCGCGGGAGCCGGGGUCGGCGGGGCGCCCGCCCGGGCGAGGUCGGAAGCUGCAGGCCAGCUGGGCCGGGGCGGGAGCGCGCCCGGCGGGGCUGCCCGGGCGGGCAGGGGUGGGGUGGGGGUGGGGGGCCGCUCCUUUCCCAAGUGUCGUUGUGAGGGGCAGGCGAGGGGCUACGAGGGCGACAGGAGAUGUGGGGACGUGUUAGAAGAGAAAAAAACCCACAAAAAAUAUAUAUGGGGGAAAUGAACUUUUUUUUUUUUUCAUUGAACCAAGUGCAAUGCAUCAGAGAGUUUUCCUAUCUUUGUAUGUUAAGAGAUUGUUAAGAAAAAUUCUAUUUUUGUUGUAAUGUCCUCGCGGCUCUGGGGACGCUAAAAGAACUGGGCCCGCCCCGCCCUGCGCGGGGAUAACGAAAGCUGAGUGUUUUUUCCUUUUUUUUUUUUUUUUUUUUGUUCGUUUUAAGUUUUUUUUUUUGUUUUUUUUUUUAAGUCGUUUUCCUGCGUUGACGAGGAUGAUCUGGGGUUUUUAUUUGUUUCGUCGUUCGUUCUCGGUUUCGGUGGGAGGGCUGAAGGAAACGUUCACAUUUUAAAGUUUAAAAAAAAAAACACCUCGACACUAAAAAAAAAAAAAAACAACACAAGAUCAAAAAGGAAAAGGACGAGAGAAAAUUAUUUUUAAGAUAAUUCAACAUAAAAACCCUGGUGCUUCUUACAUUAUAAAGUACGUUUUAAAAAAAACCCACAAACUAUUAUACAUAAGUUUAUGAAUCAAUUAAAUAUCCUGCACUUGUUAGGAACACGCAUAUCCCUUCUUUGUUGAGUUUAACGGAACGGGACAGCGGCAUACGCCCGGCGGCUGGGCUGCUCUGGUCGCGGGUCUCCCCGGGCGCCCCCUCCCCAGGGCCCAGCGCCCCCCUCCUCGCCCCAUCCCCGUCCGGGCACGGGGGCGCGGCGGGGGGGUCCCCAGCCCCUCCCCCGCAGAGGUCAAUGCCAACGAACAAACGUCCCCUCCCUCCCUCCCUCUCCCUCUCCCUCCCCGCCCCGAGCGCCCUUCUUUGAGCCAGACGCCAACUUGACCCUCACCAGCAUUAUCAGGAGCGCGCUCAGCAAGUUGGUAGUUACCCUCCCUUUUCCCCGGCGCCCCCAACUCAACAUCAUUCCUCCAACCCCUACCCCUAGCCCCGUCACCCACCGGGGAGCACGAGGAAGGCUCGAAGCUCCAGGACAGGACCAGCCAAGCUGACAGGUCGAUUCGCCCAGGCCCGCGCCCGCACGCACGCACGCACACGGCCCCGCACACAGCCCCACCCCACCCUGCAACCAGCCCCGUCGACUGCCUUACACACCCGCCCCCGCGCUGGCCGGCCGACCUAGUGCCUUGUUCUCACCCCCGUGCUGGCGGAGCGGACGCCGCGCUCUGGGUCCCAGAGGGGCCGGGUGGCUCAGACGACCCACCAUUUCCUCACCCCGACCGUGCUAAACGGACCCCCCCCCCCACAUGAGAGAAAAUAAAGGAGCAAUAAAGUCACGAGAAAUUUCGUCCCCCAAUCGAGAGCCCGAGGGGCACCCCAGCCCCGCCUCUGCUCCCCCCCACCCCCCCACCCUCGGGGCGCCCCCCCUCCCCCCCAAGCCAGCCUGGGCCAGCCCCGCUUCGGCCCCUCCCGGGAGAUCCGUGCGCCCGACCAGCACCAGCAUCGCGGACCGCAAAGGCCGCCCGUCCCGUCAAACAAGUUUCUUCUUAGGCUAAGAAACGCAGUAUAUACGAGUAUCUCUAUAUAUAGUACUAAUGGAUUUGGUGUGCUUCCCCCUUAGCGUCCCCCGUCCCUCCGCUCCUCUUCCUUCAGCCUGGUCUCCCCCUCUCUCUGCCCUCCACCCCCGUCUCUGCACUGAGAUACAUAAGAAACAAGGGUAGUUUACUGUCUGUUUUGUUUUCUGGGUUUUCAGUGUCCUAGCGGAAUGCAAGUAGGCAGCCAGCCCGUAUGUUCCCUCUCUGCCCCGCCCCGCCCCGCCCCGCCCCCGUCACUGCGCUUCUGUUAUACCAUCUUUGCCUGACUCUCUCCGGCUUCUCCAUUGAAUGGCUAAUGUGUAUGUGAAAUAAAGAAAUAAAGAAAAACAAAAGUAA